AUGCUCACCCUCCCAGAGAAAGCCCCGAAUCCAUCACCAGAGGGAGAGUGGCCUCAUCAAGCGCCCAUGUCUUUUAUUAUUAUUAUUAAUUAUUAUUAUUAUAAGACAGCUCAGGUUGUAAAGGGCAGGGGAGGUCACGAAGCAAGUUCUAGUCCACGAGGGUGCGGAAUUCGUGCCAUUGAUUUGAAAAGUACAGGACCUGUCUUGGAAUCAGGGUUCUUCUCUAGAUUUAGCAGUUGGAGAAAUUCAACAGUUGGUGGACACCCGUGGCAGGUCUCCCUGAAAUUAGGUGGGCACCACUUCUGUGGAGGAAGCUUGAUUCAAGACAAUCUGGUAGUUACAGCAGCACACUGCCUGGCUAGCCUCGAUGAGAAGCAAAUUAAGAGUCUGACUGUGACUGCUGGGGAGCAUCACCUCUUUCAGAAGGAUAAGGAGGAACAGCAGAUUCCUGUCUCAAGAAUUAUCAUCCACCCUGAAUACAACAGACUUGGAUAUAUGAGUUUCAAUAUUGCACUGCUAUAUCUAAAACACAAUGCCAAGUUUGGAACUACUGUGCAGCCAGUCUGUAUUCCCCAUAGAGGUGAUAAAUUUGAAGAAGGGAUGCUUUGCAUGGCCAGUGGAUGGGGCAAGAUUUCAGAGACAUCAGAAUAUGCAAAUGUCCUACAAGAAGUGGAACUUCCCAUCAUGGAUGACAGAACAUGUAAGACCGUGCUCAAGGGUAUGAACCUUCCUCCUCUGGGAAGGACCAUGUUGUGUGCCGGUUUUCCUGAUAGGGAAAAGAAUACCUGCCAGGAGGACCCUGGAGGUCCACUUGUUUGUAGAAGAGAUGAUGGAAACUGGGUUCUUGCUGGGAUAACUUCCUGGGCAGCUGGUUGUGCUAGAGGUUGGAAUCCUUUCAGAAAUAACCAUAGACAGGCAUCACCUGGCAUUUUCUCCAAGGCGUCUGAGUUGAUGCACUUUAUCGCUCAGACCACGACAGAUUAUAGACCUCAGGGGACAGUGUUAUUUGGAGAAAAUGGGAAGAUUCGUUACCCUCAUUUGAAAGAAAGCAGCUAUUCUCAUAAUUGCUUAUGUAUCUGGAAAAUAAUGGUACCAGAAGAUAAAAUUAUCCUCAUAAACUUUACAAGCUUAGACAUAGAAAAUCAAGUUGAAUGUGACCAUGACUAUGUACCUUUACCAUCAAGCAGUGGCGUGCUGAUUAGUAAGGUCUGUGGACAUAUAUUGCCCUCACCAUUGCUGACAGAGACCAAUGAGACCACAGUUCUGUUUGUUUCUGAUAUAGAAAACGCUGGCAGCGGCUUUGAGCUUUCCUUUACUGCUGUAUGGAAGAACUCGGAAGCAGGUUCAGGAUGUGGGAGUGUGACUGUGUUGGUGGAGGAAGGGAUGAUUCACUCCGCCGGGUAUCCUGACCUGUAUCCCAGGAAUGUGAGGUGUCAUUGGUUCAUUCACGCUCCAGAGAAACACAUUAUAAAGUUGACAUUUGAAGACUUCAGUAUUGAAUUUAACCAAAACUGUACUUACAACGCUGUUGUGAUUUAUGGUGAUCCUGAAGAGGAACAUGAGCUAGCCAAACUUUGUGGAAUCUUGAUCCCUACUGCAAUAUUCAGUCCUGGUAGCAUGAUGGUGAUUCAUUUUAAAAGUGACGGUGAAAAUAACUUCCAAGGCUUCAAGGCUAGAUUUACCUUUUUGCCCUCAGGCUCUUUAAACAGAAUUGGAUCAACAACAUCUUCCAAAGCCAAUCCUGUAUCUUCUGCAAAAGCUGUUUCACAUUGUGUCUGUGGCAUCCCUCCAUUCAGCCCCCAGUGGCUUUCCAGGAGAAUUGCAGGAGGGGAAGAAGCCUGCCCCCACUGCUGGCCAUGGCAGGUGGGUUUGAGGUUUCUAGGCAGUCACCAGUGUGGAGGUGCCGUCAUCAACCCUACGUGGAUUCUGACUGCAGCCCACUGUGUGCAAUCGAAAAAUAAUCCACUCUUCUGGACUAUUGUUGCUGGAGACCAUGACAGAACCCUGAAGGAACCAACUGAGCAGGUGAGAAGGGCAAGACACAUUGUGGUGCACGAAGACUUUGACAGACUGAGCUACGACUCUGACAUCGCCCUAAUACAGCUGAGCUCUGCUCUGGAGGUCAACUCAGCGGUGAGGCCAGUGUGUCUCCCACACAGUGCGGAGCCGCUGUUUUCCUCUGAGGUCUGUGUCGUGACUGGAUGGGGAAGCGUUAGUGAAGGUGGUGGCCUAGCAAGUCGUUUACAGCAGAUUCAAGUGCACGUGUUAGAAAGAGAGGUCUGCGAACGCGCUUACUAUUCUGCGCAUCCAGGAGGGAUUACAGAGAAGAUGAUCUGUGCUGGCUCUGCAGCAUCUGGAGGGAGCGAUGUGGGUCAGGGAGAUUCUGGUGGGCCAUUAGUAUGUAAACAUGAAAAAGGUCCCUUUGUCCUCUAUGGCAUUGUCAGCUGGGGAGCUGGCUGUGCCCAGCCAAGGAAGCCAGAUGUAUUUGCCAGGGUGAGUGUCUUCCUGGACUGGAUUCAAUCCAAAAUCAAAGGUCCUGUUUUACUUCAGAUAAAUAAUGAAAGCAAAAUCUUAACAAGACAACAAUUGCCACCACCCACACCUUCAAAGGACAGUGCAUCUGGGCCAGGCUGUUACUCUGAAGUGGAGCUGGAAGAGCCCAGAGGCUUUUUUUCCUCUCCAAGAUAUCCACUGGAUUAUAGAGGAAAACUGGAAUGUUCCUGGGUGCUCAGAGUUUCACCAAACAGCAUGGCAAAAUUUACGGUUGAGUAUCUGUCACUCCCUGGGUCUCCUAUGUGUCAAGAUUCAGUUCUGACUAUUUAUGAAGAAAACCACAGUGAGAGAAGGAUGUCAGGUGAAUUAUGUGGAAGAAAACUUUACCCAAUGAUUUUCAUGAGCUCUGGACCACUGGUGAGGGUGACAUUUCAUUCCCGUGUGCAGGGUGCUUUUGGCAUAAGUUAUAUUGUCUUUAGAGUCCAAGGCCCAAAGGGCAGUAAAACUACCCAGUUUCUUCAGAGUUCAAACCAAAAGCAUGCAACCACCUGUGACGAUACUAUCCUGACCAAACCAACGGGAAUCAUACAAAUGCCAAGAUAUCUUCACAGAACCACUAUGAGCUGCCAUUGGAGGUUAUUAGCUCCUUUAAAUCACAUCAUUCGCCUUGAUAUUAUCAACUUCCAGAUGCAACUAAUGCCCUUGGACUGUCAGGGUCACCUGUGGGUUUAUGAAGGAUUUGGAUCAGGCAAAAAAUUAAUAGGAAAACUCUGUGAAGGAGAUUCACCUUCAUUAAAAUCUCGUGGUCCUCUUAUGAUGUUGAUUUUCACAUACAAUGUCAGCUUGGCCAUAGAAGAAUUUUCUCUGAGAUAUUCUUUUCACAUUUCUGAUUCCAUGAGAGGAAAAAUUAAAGUUAAUGAUAAAGAGGAUAAAGGAGGAUGUCCAGUAUUGGAUUUGAUUCCAGUUAGUUCUAUUGAGAUCACAUCUCCCAAUUAUCCUAACAUUUAUCCUAACAUGCUGAACUGCACUUGGACUUUUUAUUCUAUGUCUGGAAAUAAAAUGAAGGCAGUGAUUAAAGACUUUAUAACAGAAGAAUCUUGGAACUGUGAAUGGGAUUACUUCAAUAUUUAUGAUGGACCAGAUCAGCAAUCAAGAUUACUUGCUCAUUUAUGUGGCUCCAAGAAAGAAUUUGUCUUGCUAUCCAGUGGUGCUUACCUAACUGUGAAUUUUAAGACUGAUGAGUCUGUGGGAGAAAGAGGUUUUAAACUUACUUUGGAAGAUAUGACUCAGAAGCAAUCACAGGAAAGCAAUAUUGGGAUCCAACUGCCUCUUAACGGGCUAACAGUAGAAAACAAUACUGGAAGACAGCCAACCCAAGACAAAUGUGGAAUUCCAGUCGUUGACCCAUUUCUCAGGGAAGGGUCUGAGAGGAAUACACACGCGUUGCCAGCCGAGCUUGGGAAGCCCAGGGUGGUCGGUGGCCGUGCCGCCCCUGCGAAGUCCUGGCCCUGGCUGGUCAGUCUGCAGCACCAAGGACAGCAUUACUGUGGAGGUGCUCUGAUUGGGAGACAGUGGGUCCUGACAGCGGCACACUGUAACUUCAGGUGUGUGCGCAAGUGGUGCGGGGCUGGGGGGAGCAGGGUGGUCAGGAGCUAUUUGAGGGUCCACAGUGGGUGCAUUCCUUCUGCUCUGCCCAUGUCACAUGAAACAUUAAGCAUCAGCUCCCAUUGA